CAAGAAGAAGAGGAAGAAGGAAGCGGCAGUCAGUCUCAACUCUGUCGGUGUCCAGGAAGCAGUGACUGCCCUCCGGGUCCUCCGGUUCCAGCCGGCGAUCGGUGCGCUCCACAUAUGGUUCUCCUCCGGCACAUCUCCAUCGCCCUGACCGCCGCCGUGGCUGCCCUGGGCUCCGCUCUCUUCAUCGCCUUGAACUUCUUCUACAAGAGGCGAAUAUGGUCACCACAAGCGGAAUACUGCACGAUCAAAGAGGAAGAGGAGGAGCGUGGGAAGCGCCAGGUCCUGGUGCUCGGUCUGGACGGGGCCGGGAAGAGCAGCAUGUUGCAGGGUUUGACCCCUGGAGAGUCAGCAGCUAAGAGAGGCCGCUGCCGGCCCACCCGCGGCUUCAACUUCAUGAGCCUCAACGCCCCCGCCUGUCAGCUCGACUUCCUGGAGAUUGGUGGCGGGGAGGACCUGCGGCGGUACUGGUCGGACUACCUGAGGAAGACUCACGUUCUGGUGUAUGUGGUGGACUCCUCUGACAGGACCCGCCUCCCAAUGGCUAAGGCUGAACUGCACCGCCUGCUGAGGGUGGAGCCCCAGCUGCCUGUCGUGGUCCUGGGAAACAAGCAGGAUAAGCCUAACGCUGUGAGCGUGUCGGAGCUGCAUGAGGCUUUGUCUUUGGGCUCUGUGACCGAGGAGAGGAAGCUGUUCCUCUUGGCUGCCCAGCUGGGCUCUGAUGAAGCCCUGAGGAACUCCUGCCGGGGCCUGGACACCUUCCAAGACCUCCUGCUUCAGCUCGUCUGAUCUCAUCCCCCCCUCCAAGGGCAGAGGAGUAGGAGAUAGAGGGAUGGAAACAAAGGGAUGGCUUCAAGCAAUUUUCAUCCUCCUCUUCCUCCUCCUUGUUUAGGCUCCGGCUUAUUUGAGGCGGAGGAGGAGGAGAUGACGAAGGCUGCAGGAACUGAAGCAGAAUGAAAUGAGUGUGGUACCUUCUCGUUUUCAUCCUAGCCCUUUCAGACCAUGUCAGAUGGUUUAGAAAAUAUUUCAGCUCAUCCCAUCUCAGUUUAUUUUCAUUUUGACUUGUCUUACUCACUGGAGAAGAGGAGGUGCAGAGCGAGGAGGACGAGGACAGAGGGUGGGACAGAAGGAUGAAGGUUUGUUAAUGGAGUCUGUGACUCAGAACCACAAAGUUCACCUCCUGCCAAUGAUUCAGACUUUGGACUAGUCUGUAUGUCAACCUGUGACAGGUUUAUCUAAGCAUGUAGAUUAGACUGUAUAUAAACUGAAAUAUGUCAAGUUUGUAGAUAGAUUUACAGAUUUUGCCUGGUUUAUUGUUUUCUGAAAACCUUUUGUGUGUGACAAUAGAAUUCAGCAAAGCAGAACAGGUAAUGUUCAGGGUUGCCAGGUUGUAUCCCCCAGGGACUAAUAUUGCACCAGCUCGGCGAAUUUAUCGACUGGGUGUUUGAAAGAUUCUCGCUGACUCCCACACUUAGUCUUCUCUGAUAUCUAGGGGAAUUUUGUGAGGGAAUUUAAGGGGACCCCCUGACAUUUUAAAAAGCAGUGUGUUAUUAUUCUUGUCAGGUUGUGUCCCAUUUGGAGAGACAGCAUGAUGCAAGACUGCCACCAUCUUGGUGUGGGGGAUGUGGGUGUGUAUUCUCUUGUGUUUGAGUAUUAAGUGAGCUGCUGCUUUUCUUCCUUUCGGGUUAAUUUCACAUCCUUUACUUACAGUAUGAUUGAAGAAGAUUGAGGCCAGUGUGACGUCUGACUAUUUGUAAGCCAUUUCUGGUGAUUUGAAAGAUAUCAGAGAAAACUUGCCCUGAGCGGCCUUGAAUCAAGCUCAUACAAUUUUAAUAUCUAAUAUGGUAUACCAUAAAACUGGCAUAUGAUAUAAUAUAAAACUGGAAACUUGGAUUUGGGUCUUGUUAUUAGUGCUACCUGUCACACAGCAGCUGAGAAAAACAUGUUAUUUUGCCAUUUUCCGAGCAGCUGUCUGCACUGCUCAAGCUCUUACAAAAAGUUAAGUAUUAUUUUUACUUUUAACAUGGGACGGGGUAACGGUUAACUUACAUACAAUAUGCUAAUCACAACGUCUACACACAAACGUUAGCUUAAUUCCAUUCCAGCUGUUGAAAAUCAGCUGAUGGUUUUCUCCGUUAAAUAGAAAACAGAAACACGCUAGCUUCAGUCGGAUAUGUGGCACCUCAAAUGGCCAAAAUCAAUAACAUUAUCUUUUAUGAACGCUUAUUUUGUGACAACAGAUGAGCUGCGAGUCUGCAAUAACCAACCGUAUAGACUUCAAGAAUGAUUUCCUUCACACAAUGGCAUUUUAAGCUUCUACAUUUGAAAGCAAUUCCUCUUUGGUUAUGAUUUUAGUUCCAAAAACUACAUCAAUUACAACUAACUACUAUCCAACAUAUUAACCAAUACAGUUAACAUGUUAAACAUCAAACUUCUUUAUCAGAUGACACUGCAAACUGAGAUGUACAGACACAAACAGGAGUCAUGCAAGGUCAAUGCUUGUAAAGAAUACAGUUUCCCGCAAUAAGUAGCUAAAGCUCCCUUUAGCACAGUUUUACUUAAUUACUGACCGUUAGCAUACCAGGCUAAAGCAAAUGAACAGACUGUGCUUUACAUUUUAACCACAAACACAAACAUGCAUUCCCAAUCCUGUUUGCACCACAGUUACAUAACUGUGUAGAAGACACUUGGACAAGAACUAGUGUCCAGUGAAUCCUUGAAUGUAUACAGAAAGUACCUGGCUUUAAUGCCACUUGUACAGAUGAACUGGAAUCUGCUAGAUUUUUUAUUUUUAAUGCUGUAUGUGUGCAGCAAUGUUGCUUCUGACGCACAAUUCUUUAAUGAAUGUGAACUUUUAUUCCUUUUGAUGUACUGUAAUUCUGCAGAAAUGUUUUCACAGUGGAGUUAAGUGAAUUGUUCAAUGACUGCUUGUCAUUCUUGUUUUUAUGUGUUACGUAAAUGGAACUGUUAGAUAUGAAUUCAUGCAUGUCUUUAUGUUCUGUUUUUCUCUUUUAAAAUAUGAAUGAGUCAGCUGCAUUUUCUUAAACAGCUAGUCUCUACUUGUUUUAUUUUGUCUUAAAGGAGAACUCCACUGAUUUUACACAUCAAUGUAUGUUUACAGGUGUUGGGGUGUACUACUGCAUAUGUUUAAAAAAAGCUGUAUAAAGUCUUCAGUGUUUCCAGAGAGAGCUGUGUGAAGUGUCCUGAAGUGAUGUCACUUGAGGUGGCGUUAAAUGGGUCUGAAGACUACAAGUCUGAAAAAUAAUUGAAAAGAACUGGGAUUGAAAUAACUUUACCAAACCUCUGGAGCCCACAGCUUAUUGAGACAAGAGGCUCAAGCCUACAUUAACCGCUACUAGCAUGACACACCCAAAUCACUAGUUGGUGAUUAAGUUGCAUUAUGGGUAAUGUAGGUGCCAGGUUUGACAAGAAAGAAUAUGCAUGAAAUAAAUAAGACAAUAUCUCUGAUGCGGCUGCAUCAAAAUUGAGCCUUUUUUCCCCCAUUAGUGACUCUUUUGAUUAAGUAUAUCUUUAUUUAUUUAUUAAAGCAUCCUUGGGUUUUUUGAAAGGUGCUAUAUAAAUGUAAGUUAUUAUUAUUAUUAUUAUUAUUAUUAUUAAUAAUAUCAUUAUUAUCUAUUACAAAAGUGUAGCCACCGAUUUAAAGAGAUAGUUUUUUAUAAAUAAUUUACCUUUAUUCUUGUAUAUUCAUUAAGAUUAAGAACUCUUUUGCAUAGAACACCAUGGGAAUACAACUGGCAGCAUGUAGAGAGAGGACAUGCCGAUAAACAUAGUUAUGCAGUUAAUAUUUAAUCAAACAAGUUUGAUUGUCUCACCCCACUGAAAACAACAUUGAUGGAUCUAUAAGAGCAAAUAACCUGGGGCGUGUUCCAUAAAGGGAGUUUGCAUAAUAAGCCAAUCUUAUUUAAAUUAGUCUGACUAAUUUUCAGUUGACUUGGUUCUAUAAAUAAAGUUGAAGUAGUUUUUUUAAUAGAGCAUAAAGUAUGUUAAAUUUGCUUUUUGGAACUGGGACAACUGAAAAGGAUUCAGAUUAACUGAAGUAAGCCUUAUAUGGUAGAUAGGCUUUAUGGAACAGUCCAAUGAAAACAAGCACAGAAUUGGAAAACAAGUUGAGUCGUCCCUCUGUGUUUGCUGACUGAGCAAGCAAACGGAAACACAAACACAGAUGAAAAUCUAUAGCCUAUAUAUAAGCUGUGUGACCUGGUUUUAGUCGGGCAAAGUUCCACAACUGGUCUAACAGGAAAAUGUUUUUGCUGAGACGUCACUUUGGCACAGUUCCAGUGUUUUCACAGCAUG